UACUGGGGAGAGGCUGGACUUCGGGGACAGGGUCCCCCCUACCUGGCUUCAGCCCUGAUGCAUGCGUGUCCUCAUUCCAACUGGCCCCAAGACCCUUGGCUGAGUUUUCCAAUGUCGUUUCAGAUGGACUCUCGUCACCUGGGGGGGAGUGGGUGUAGGGUUUUGUAGAUGGGAUGUUGUGGGGGACGUUGGGACGGUGACAGCUGAGUGAGAUAGUGAGAUAGAGCUGGGUGCUGGGGCCCAGUGGGGGAACCCAGGCUGUCCCCCGUCUGCCCCCUGCCCUGCCCCGCUCCAGCGUGAUGGGGGGGUGGUAGAGAGGGGAGCCCAGGGCUCCAUGGGGAGUCCCCCCCCCCGCUCCCCCCCCCCCCCCCAGCUGUGGCCAAGGCCACUUCCGCAUCCUUGGAAGCCUGGCCCAGGGAGCCAGGCUGAAGGAAGGCUCCGGCCCUCAGUCCCUGUCCCCACACAUCUCUGGCCCCAGCCUCCUUGGGGACAAAGCUGACAGGUUGGCAGCAGAUUUAUUUCGGCCCCUGGAGGUCUGACUGUGCUUCCCUGAGUUGUCUGGCCGUGGCGUGCAGGGGUGAUGCAUGGGUGGGGGGAGGUGGUAUCUGUGUGGGGCAUGUAGGGUGAGGUGGAGUCACGCCCGGGUCCUCCCUUGGCCCACCUGCGCCCACAAGUGCACUCUGAACACCCAGUCUCACGCGUGGGCCUCCCUGAGUGCCCACCCUCGGCCUGGGCUGUGGAGCUGGCUGACUUGGGCCAAGGGGGCACGGGGGUCUCCAGGCUCAUCGGCUGCCACUUGUUCCCUGGUUUCUGUAGGGCCUGGGGCCCUCCACCACCUGCUUCUCCACUGGGACCCUGGCACGUCACUGCUGUGUCCCUUUCGUGGGGCCCAGACAUGCCAAAGAACUCUGGGAAAAGAAAAGGGUAGAGGGGCCAUGGGAAACCCUGGGUGGGCCAGCAGCGUGAGACAGGCAGAGACUCUGGGACUGUCCUGUCCCCACUCCCUGCCAGCGCCAGCUCUGCUCUGCGGGCAGAGCUGCGGUUCUCGGAAGAGCACACGUGUGAACACGUGCACACAGGCACAUACGCACCUGUGGAAGCCGGGCACAUGGAUUUCUGGUGCAAUACUUCCCCCACCAGUCCUCUUAUUCAGGCCCCACCCUGCGAGCAGGUCUGGGGGCCAGGAGUGGGGUAGCUGGCAGAGCCCGUCCCCCUGGAGAGGGGGUUCCUCCCUAGGGCGGCUGCGGGAGGGGAGGGUGGCUCCAGCAAGGAACUGGAAGACCCAAGGCCCCGCCCCUCCUAACACACAACCUCCCCCUUGGGGCCCUUCUGCCUUCUCGUCCACCCCGCGACCCCCAGCUUGGAGCUCUAAGCCUGAGGGUGUGAGAGAAACCGGAGCCGUGGGGCGGCCGCACCCUCACACACGGCGUCUGGCCGGUUGGUCUGGGCGGGCAGGGCUCUGGCUCCGGGCCCUGGACCGUCACGGUUCCCAAGGGGUUCUGCUGCUUGGAGCCUACGAAGGUUAAUUACUGGGGAGGAGGCGUGAGCGGCCCUUCUGGCUGGGGGACCGGGGGGCAGAGUCUUUGGCUGCCGGCAAUCCCAGCAUUUCUCCUGAUGUUUCAUACAGGGAGCCAGGUUACCCUGCGGGUGGAAACUGAUCACACGGCCCAUGGGUGCCAGAGGGCUCCCAGGGGUCUUUCUGUUGCCCCCGUGGGGUCCAGGGCCUCUGGGGACAGGAAGAACCGUUCUGAGCCCAGCUUUCUACAGCGACGCCUACACCCUUGCCGUGUGCAGCUUGGUAAGCGGACUGAGCCAGCAUGGGCGGUGAGAGGCCAAGGCCCCUCUGUGCAGCCCUGGGCUGACACUAGGUCCCACCAGGGGCCUGGGGUCCACACGUGAGAGGGCCUCCUAGUCCUGCCCCAACCUGGCCAACGACCGGCAGCAGUGAGGGCUGGGUGGGAGGGGCCUGGGUUCUCAGGCACCGCCCCCCCCCACUGCCCCUCCCCACAUCGCUCACGAGGCCUGGGUCCCGGGCCCCCUCUACCACCGCUCGAGGACCACAGCAGAAACUGAACAGAAAAGAAGAGUCUGUAUUUUGCUUAUCAACUGGUCACUCCGCUGCUCAGGAAAGCACACGUCCGCUUGGAGCCAGGCCUAGAGCAGGUCGUAGAAGUAAUCCAGGCCCUGGCCCAGCUCCCACAUGGACACUCCGACGCCCAGCUCCCUGGCCAGCUCCAGCCGCACCUGCACAGACUGCAGGCCCCGGGAAGCGUCAGCCCCACCUCUCACCCCCUGGCAGCCCCCCACCCUGGCCGCCAGGGAGUAGCAGGUCAGGCCCCGAGCUGACCUCCGCUGCUCACCGAGGGUAAGGGUCACUGUGGGGGGAGGGGUGUGGUACCUGCACCCCCACCCCCAGCACAAAGGCGGGCCCGUGAGUACCUUCAGAGUUGGGUAGAAGACGAUGUGCCUCCCUCCGCGGCUUCUGCAAAAGGAUGAGCCUUCUGCCUCUGCCCACCUCAGCUUCUC